CGGCGGAGCAGUACAGAACCCGAACGAUGAGGCCGGGGACUGGAGCUGAGCGCGGAGGCCUCAUGGUGAGUGAAAUGGAGAGCCAUCCUCCCACGCAGGGUCCCGGGGACGGGGAGCGGAGAUUAUCCGGCUCCAGCCUUUCUUCCGGCUCUUGGGUCUCUGCUGACGGCUUCCUGAGGAGACGGCCCUCGAUGGGGCACCCUGGCAUGCAUUAUGCCCCAAUGGGAAUGCACCCAAUGGGUCAGAGAGCCAAUAUGCCUCCUGUACCUCAUGGAAUGAUGCCACAAAUGAUGCCCCCGAUGGGAGGGCCACCAAUGGGACAAAUGCCUGGAAUGAUGUCCUCAGUGAUGCCUGGAAUGAUGAUGUCCCAUAUGUCUCAGGCUUCCAUGCAGCCAGCCUUACCGCCAGGAGUAAAUAAUAUGGAUGUAGCAGCAGGUGCAACAGCUGGUGCAAAAUCUAUGUGGACUGAACAUAAAUCACCCGAUGGAAGGACUUACUACUAUAAUACUGAAACGAAACAGUCUACUUGGGAGAAACCAGAUGAUCUUAAAACACCUGCAGAGCAACUUCUGUCUAAAUGCCCCUGGAAGGAGUACAAAUCUGAUUCUGGAAAGCCUUAUUAUUAUAACUCCCAAACAAAAGAAUCCCGUUGGGCAAAACCUAAAGAACUUGAGGAUCUUGAAGGAUACCAGAAUACCAUUGUUGCUGGAAGUCUUAUUACAAAAUCAAACCUGCAUGCAAUGAUCAAAGCUGAAGAAAGCAGUAAACAAGAAGAGUGCACCACAUCAACAGCCCCAGUUCCUACAACAGAAAUUCCAACUACAAUGAGCACCAUGGCUGCUGCAGAAGCAGCAGCUGCUGUUGUGGCGGCUGCAGCCGCAGCAGCAGCUGCUGCGGCUGCAGCCAAUGCCAAUACUUCUACCUCUACUUCUAACACUGUUGGGGGAACUGUUCCAGUUGCUGCAGAGUCUGAAGUCACUUCGAUUAUUGCUACUGUUGUAGAUAAUGAAAGUGCAGUAACAAUUUCAACCGAAGAACAAGCACAACUCACUAGUACCUCUGCUGUUCAGGAUCAAAGUGUUGAAAUAUCCAGUAAUGCUGGAGAAGAAACUGCAAAGCAGGAAACUGUAGCUGAUUUUACUCCUAAAAAAGAAGAGGAGGAAAGUCAGCCAGCAAAAAAGACAUAUACUUGGAAUACAAAAGAAGAGGCAAAGCAAGCAUUUAAAGAAUUAUUGAAAGAAAAGCGAGUUCCAUCCAAUGCUUCAUGGGAACAAGCUAUGAAAAUGAUCAUAAAUGACCCAAGAUACAGUGCACUAGCAAAACUGAGUGAAAAAAAGCAGGCCUUUAAUGCUUAUAAAGUUCAAACAGAGAAAGAAGAGAAAGAAGAAGCAAGAUCAAAAUAUAAAGAGGCAAAGGAAUCUUUUCAGCGUUUUCUUGAAAAUCAUGAGAAAAUGACUUCUACAACCAGAUAUAAAAAAGCAGAACAAAUGUUUGGAGAAAUGGAAGUCUGGAACGCAAUAUCUGAACGUGAUCGUCUGGAAAUCUAUGAAGAUGUUUUAUUCUUUCUUUCAAAAAAGGAAAAGGAGCAAGCAAAACAGUUGCGAAAAAGAAAUUGGGAAGCCUUAAAAAAUAUACUUGACAAUAUGGCUAAUGUGACAUAUUCUACAACUUGGUCUGAAGCCCAGCAGUAUCUAAUGGAUAAUCCAACUUUUGCUGAAGAUGAGGAAUUACAAAAUAUGGAUAAAGAAGAUGCAUUAAUUUGCUUUGAAGAGCAUAUUCGGGCUUUAGAAAAAGAAGAAGAAGAAGAAAAACAGAAAGGCUUGCUGAGAGAAAGAAGGCGACAGCGUAAAAAUAGGGAAUCUUUUCAGAUAUUUUUAGACGAAUUGCAUGAGCAUGGACAGCUGCAUUCUAUGUCAUCUUGGAUGGAAUUGUAUCCAACAAUUAGUUCUGACAUUCGAUUCACUAAUAUGCUUGGUCAGCCUGGAUCAACUGCACUUGACCUUUUCAAGUUUUAUGUUGAGGAUCUUAAAGCACGAUAUCAUGAUGAGAAGAAGAUAAUAAAAGACAUACUAAAGGAUAAAGGUUUUAUAGUUGAAGUUAAUACUACUUUUGAAGACUUUGUGGCAAUAAUCAGCUCAACUAAGAGAUCAACCACAUUAGAUGCUGGAAAUAUUAAGUUGGCUUUCAAUAGUUUACUAGAAAAGGCUGAGGCCCGUGAACGUGAAAGAGAAAAAGAGGAGGCUCGGAAGAUGAAAAGAAAAGAGUCUGCAUUUAAGAGUAUGUUGAAACAAGCUACUCCUCCAAUCGAAUUGGAUGCUGUCUGGGAAGAUAUUCGGGAGAGAUUUGUGAAAGAACCAGCAUUUGAAGACAUAACUCUAGAGUCUGAAAGAAAACGAAUAUUUAAAGAUUUUAUGCAUGUACUUGAGCAUGAGUGUCAACACCAUCAUUCAAAGAACAAGAAACAUUCUAAAAAGUCUAAAAAACAUCAUAGGAAACGAUCUCGUUCUCGAUCGGGGUCAGAUUCAGAUGAUGAUGACAGCCAUUCAAAGAAAAAAAGACAGCGAUCAGAGUCUCGCUCUGCUUCAGAACAUUCUUCUAGUGCUGAGUCAGAGAGAAGUUAUAAGAAAUCAAAAAAACAUAAGAAGAAAAGCAAGAAGAGGAGACAUAAAUCUGAUUCACCAGAAUCAGAUGCAGAGCGAGAAAAGGAUAAAAAAGAAAAAGACCGGGAAAAUGAAAAAGACAGAACUAGACAAAGAUCAGAAUCAAAGCACAAAUCACCUAAGAAAAAGACUGGAAAAGAUUCUGGUAAUUGGGAUACUUCUGGCAGUGAACUAAGUGAAGGAGAAUUGGAAAAACGAAGAAGGACCCUUUUGGAGCAACUGGAUGAUGAUCAAUAAAUUAUACCAAAUAUGUUUACAGUAUGAUUUAAAGUCUGAUUCAGACCAGGACUCUAUUUUAAGUUCGAUUGAAAUAACACUGGGUUUUAAUUUUAUCACAGAAAAAAAAGUGCAUUUAAGUAUUGUUAUUGUGGACUUUAUAAAAGGAAAUUGAAAAUAACUUUUGAUUCUAUAACAAGAAUCAUAUUUUCAUACUGUCUUUCUGUGACCCUUUCAUAGGGCACUGUGGGAUGGAUUAAAGGUGGCAAUUUAUUGGUAACUGCAAA